GCCUUGUGGCUAACAGGUACUAACUAUUGAUAUUUAACUGCUUUUAAGAUUUAUUAUUGAGUCUUAACUCCAAGUGAUGUGGGUUUUGGAGCUAGACUCGAAUCAGUUCUGAUCCAGUCGGAUUUUGUAUUUCUUUUUGUUGUGGAUUAAGUCAUAAAGGAGGGAUUUUUGGGGGUUGUGAGUGAUAUGAAGAAGCGGGAAAAUUUGGGAUUAGGGUUCGAGUGGCAUGUUAUCUUCUGGUUAUCGAUUUGGUUGGCGAUUUCGCAACAAGCGCUGGGACUGAGACCUAUUAGGGAGAAAUCUCGAUCAUGGAGUGACGAGUGGUUCUUUGGUAGGAAACAAGAAGCUGAAGUAGGACCGUUUUCUGCAUGGAAUAUAACAGGAACAUAUAGAGGAACUUGGAAGUUUCUGAAUUCCGUCAAUAGCUCUUCGAAGUUUCAAGACUUUCAAAAAGAAAAUGGUAAUUCUGUGGUUGAGUUAGUGGCAGCUCCUACAAAGAUAACUGGUGUGCACUAUGUUCAGGGUGUAGUUGUUUUCCAUGACGUAUUUGACAAUGAACAAAAUGUGGGUGGUGCCCAAAUAAAUCUGGAAGGUGUAUAUAUAUGGCCCUUUAGACAACUCCGCCUUGUGGCUAACAGCGGCAAGGAGAGUGAUUCAGGGCAAGAAGACAAUAAUCUUCUCUCAAAUCCCUAUCAUCUGGUAGUCCUUAAGACUCUUGUUUCACCCACUUUAGGCAACAAUAGUGCUUUCUUCUGCUGAUGGCUUGUUUGAUGUGUUAAAAUGUUCCAAGAGCUUACUAGUGUCAACUUUCUGUUGUUGUACAGCUUGGAAUUUUCUCCUCUCAAGUGUUUCAAGAAUCUCCAAGAGACAGUUUUGAGAGUUGCCACUAAUGAAAAAGAAGGAACCGG